AUGUCACGCCAAGCGGAGCACCUGUCGCUGCGAAUAUCACAGUUGAAAAUAAUUAUUGAUCUCUUGACGGAGUUGCAAAGGCAGGAGGUGGAUCUCGAGCGGAUACAUAUGGAGCAGCUCAGCGCCUCCAGUCUGGAGGAGCAUUGGGGCCAGCUGGAGUUGAAGAAGGCGCAGAUAAUUUAUUUCCACGGCCAACGAAGUGGCAUUCUGCUGAGUUUGCAGCAAGAGGUGGCCAACUUUGUGGCCAGGAAGCGCUUAGCUGCCCGGGAUUCCCUGCUGCAGGUGGACCAAAUUGCCGAUCUUCGCAGGCAGGUGGUCCAAAUCAACCAGGAGCUGGACAGGAUGUACGAGGUGAACCAGUGCUGCAUCUGCCUAAUGUACUGUGACGCGGGUGGCGGCCACUGCCUGGUGUCGCUGCGAUGUGGCCACCUCUUUGGGCGCAACUGCAUCCACAGAGCCCUCCGGAACUCGAAUCAAUGCCCCGUUUGCAGGCGCGGAGCUCUGGAAUCCCAUGUCCGCAGGAUCUACGGCUUGGCUUUUUUCCCCUUUUAA